AUGCCGACCAAGACCAAAACGACGAAGCCACUAGAGAAAUCUAGAAAAAGCGAGCUCAAGCCCAGGAAGGCCCCAAAGUCUUCUGUUCCUGCUCCUGCAGAGAAGGCACCUACUGCGGACAAGGCGAAGAAGCGGAAGCUCGACAUUGAGCAGGAGGAUGCUGUCGUUGAAAAGAAAAGGCGCAAGUCAGCAGUCGCGGACGGCUCAAAUGAGGUGAAGGUCAAGAAGGCCGAGGCAGCAAAAAAGAGCAAGGAGGUCGCUAAGGUUGUGGAGGCUCUGCCCCCACCUGCCAAGUCGACGAAAGUUGCAAAAAAGGUUAUGAUCUCUGAAGGCGCGACAAAGGGCAAGCGCUCCAAGAACGUACCAGAACCAGAGCCUGAAAAAAAAGACGAUGAGGCUGGGAAUGACGAUGUCGAAGAUAAUGCUGAGCAGCCUGAGGAGGAGAACGAGGAAGACGGCGAGGAGCUCCAUGGCUUCACGAGCGGAGAGGAUUCCUCAGAUGAUGACGACGAUGUCGAUGCCGAACCCAUUGAUCUCGGAAAGCUGCCAACUAUUGCGAAAGACGAUGCUACGAUAAAGAGGAGGUUGGAUAAGGCGAAGAAGCAAAAAACCGAAGAACGGGGAGUGCUCUAUCUAGGGCGCAUCCCGCAUGGUUUCUACGAGGAUCAAAUGCGUGGCUACUUCUCCCAGUUUGGCACUGUCACGCGCCUUCGCCUCUCGCGCAACAAGAAGACGGGCAAGUCAAAACACUACGCGUUCAUCGAGUUCGACUCGCUGCCCGUAGCCGAGAUCGUGGCAGAUGCGACAAACAAUUACCUCAUGUUCGGCCGUCUGCUGCAGUGCAAAGUUAUACCAAACGAAAAGGUGCACCCGGGGCUCUGGGUUGGCGCGAACCGCAAGUUUAGGCCGGUGCCGCGUGCGAGGGUCGCCCGGUUGAAGCAUAACAAGGAGCGGACGGAGGAGGAUCAGAAGAAAUCGGCAGAGAGGCUGCUGAAGAGGCAGGAGGAGAAGAAACGCAAGCUGGCGGAGUUGGGGAUUGAUUAUGAUAUUGAUGCGGCAGGCUUUAAAGCCAGUUAGAUGGAGAGCGGUUGUGCUUUGCAUUCUUUG